AUGGUUGAUGAGAAUUAUUUUAAAGAAAGCGACAACUCAAAGGUUUUAGACUUUGAUCAAAUAGAAAAUGAAAUUAAAGAAUUCAAAACAAAACAAAAUGAAAUAUUUAAUUUUUAUGUUAAAAAUAUUGAUGAUUUAAUAGGAAAAAUAAAUAAAGCUAAAAACCUUUUAGAGGAAAAGAAAAAAAACGAAAACGAAAUAAAAAAUGAUGAUAAUAAUGAGAAUAAUAAAAAUAAUAUUGAGAUAAAUAGUACUGUUACUAAUAUAGAUAAUAAUGAAUGCACUGAUAAAAUAAAAAGAAUCGAAAGUAUAGAUGAAAAUAAAACAAUAAAUAAAAAUAAUGUUAUUAUAAAAGAUUUAAUAAAAGAUGUCAAAUGUUUAAAUAUUACAGAAAAAAUUAAUAGUGAAAACAAAAUAUUUUAUAAUGCAUUGUUAUUAUCAUAUAGAGGUAUUAUAUCUUUAAUAAAACAGGAGACACCUGAAAUAUUUAAAGAUAUACAUAUUAAAAAAACUAUUAUUCUUAGAUUAAUUCUGAUUCAUUUUUUACAGAAGGGUGAUUUUUUUAUGUACUAUGUAUUAAAUAAAGAAAUUCUGAAGAAUAAAAAAAAAAAGAAAAAAAUAUAUAUGGAAGAAAAUCAAAUGGUUGAUUCAAUAUCAAACGAAGAAAUAAUAAAUGAAAAUAUUUUACACAAUGGAAAUGUUGAAAUAUCUGGAAAUUUAAAUAAUGUUGUGAUUAACCCUGAUACGUUAAAUGACAACAAUAAUAUCAAUAAUAUCAAUAAUAUCAAUAAUAAUAAUAUUAAUAAUUAUAAUAAUAAUUAUAAUUAUUAUCAUACAUUUAAUAGUGUACUCCUAAAUAAUAUUAAUCCAAAUGCUCCAUUGAAUCAUAAAGGUUUGUUUAGUAAUAUUAAAAAAGAAUAUUUAAGAAAAAUAAAAUUCUCAGAAAAGAAUGAGGAAAUAAUUUUUGAACAUGCAUUGGUUGAAGAAGAAUUAUUCAAAGGAUAUAAAGAAUUACAUAGAAUUAUGUAUAAUUUAAAAAAUUAUGAUGUAAGUUCAUGUAUUGAGUGGUAUCAUAAAUGUAGUGAAUCAACAAAAAAGAAAUAUAUGAAAUUGAUUUAUUUAUUACACUGUAUUAGUUAUCUGAUAUAUUCAAAAGAAGAUAAAGAAAAAGCAUUACAAUGUUUAAGGGAUUUAAUGUUAAAUUAUAAAGAAAAUAAAUCUCAUAUCUCAAGAUUAAGCACAUUUAUAUGUAUAGGAGUUGAUAAUGCAUUUUUUAAAAAUAUGUUUUCUAGUGUCCAUGCCAAAGUAUUUAAUUAUUUUAAGAGAGCCUUUAAUGAAGAAGGAAUCGUCGUAAAUACGAAAAAAAAUAAAAAUAUAAUUAAAAAGGAUACAAUACAAAAUAGAAAUGAUAAUAUUUCAUGUAACCAUUUGGUAUGUAGUUCUAAUAAAAUUAGUAUAACUAAUGAAGAAACUAAUAAAAGGAAUGCAAACAAGUUAAAUCAUAAAAAAGAAUGUGUUAAAGAAAAAAUAAACACUCGAAAAAGAAAAUCUAGUUUAUUAUUAUGUAAUAAAGAUGAAAAAAAUACUCAUAAGAAUUGUACUUGUCAAAAAGGUGGAAUCGAACUUUGCACUGAUAAAAAUUGUAAACAUAAAAUGUGCAGUAAUAAAUACAAUAAGGACAAAUCAAAUAUAUCAAGAUGUCCUACAGAUAAUGAUAAAAAAUGUUCCUCAUCUGUAUGUUCUAAAAAAAAAAAGGAUAAAAGAAAAAAACGAAAAAAAAAUGAUUCAUUUUCUAUUAUGUAUAAAAAAAUAAAUGAAGACAUAUCUAGAGGAAGAAGCAAAAGUAAUAUAAAAAAAAAAAAUUUAAAGAAUAAAAAAGGAAAGAAUGAGUUUAUUUUGAAAAGAACCAUAAAAAAGAAAUUUACAAAUAUAUAUAAUAGAAUAGGUAAAAAGGAAUCAAUUAAAAUAAAGAAAAAUAAUAAAAGUAAAAGUAAAAAUAAAAGAAAUAAUAGAAAAAAUAAAAAGAAAAAGGAAAAUGAUUCAUAUGUUACAUUUCAUAAAGAAUAUGCAUUAAAUAUAAAAAUGGAUCGUAGUUAUAAUAUCCCUUUAAUUCAUAAUAAUAUUUAUAAAGAAAAAUAUAGUAAUUUAUGUGGUAUAACAUUAUAUACUAAUCAUUUGUAUGAGACCAAAAAAAAUAAUUUCCUUGGUCCUUUAAGUGAAAUAUAUGUAGAAAAUAAUAUUAACGAAAUAAUAAGAAAUAACAAAAUGAAUAACGACAUUUUAGAUGAUCGCUAUUGUAAUAUUUAUAAUAUAAAUAAUUGUAAUUUAAUAUUACCUAGUGUAAGUUUAAAUGAAGAUAAUUAUGCUUAUAAGAAUAAUUCAAGAGUGGGUGUUUAUAAAGAAGGAUCUAAUAAAAAAUAUAAUAUUAAAUCAAAUAAUAAUAAUAAUAAUAAUAAUAAUGAUGAAAAAUUAAAUAAUGGAUGGUAUUCACAUAUUCAUAAUUGUACUAAAGAUAUUAUUACAGAAAUGAUAUAUUCUAAGAAAGAUGAUUUUGAUAUUAUUAAAGAAAAUACAAAAAAUAUGGAUAAAGAUAAUAUAGAUAUUUCAACAUAUAAUAAUAUAUAUAAUAUAAAAAGAGCAGAUGAAUCUAUUUAUUUAUAUGAAUUAAAUGAAAACGAAACUUCUCAAUAUUCAUAUAAUGAUAAUAAUUAUAUGACAUAUAAAAUAUUAAAUCGUACAUCUCAAUUUUAUGAUCAUGAAGAUACUAAAAUAAAUAAUUAUGCACUUCAUAAGUUAUAUAAACAUUAUAAUAAAAAUGUUAAUACGAAUAUAAAUUAUCAAUCAAGUGUAUUAUGCAAUAACCAUUCAUAUAAUUAUAAUAAUUAUUUAUUUUAUAUUAAGAAUUUAUAUAAUAAUAAUAAUAAUAAUAAUAAUAAUAAUAAUAAUUAUCCUUUUUUUGAAAAUAUCCCAAAUUUUUAUAUCGCAAAUGCUCUGAAUAAUUUUCAGUGUUGUAUCAAUCAGCAUAAUCAUAGUUCAUCUUAUAUGAACAAUAAUAAUACCUUUUAUUCUUUAAAUAAUUCUUGCUUCAUCAAAAAGACAAACGUUUUAAAAAACAAGCUACCAAAGUGUAAAUUUUUAUCUGCAUCCUCAAAAGAUGAAAAAGAAGCGAAGACUGUUCAAAUAUCGACAGAACAAAAAAAAGAUUUAUCCUUAUCAUAUCAAAAAAAAGAUAUACAUGUGUCAUCAUAUCAAAAAAAAGAUAUACAUGUGUCAUCAUAUCAAAAGAAAGAUGCACAUAUGUCAUCAUAUCAAAAGAAAGAUGCACAUAUGUCAUCACAUCAAAAGAAAGAUGUAACCACAUUGGGCAUGGAAAAAAAAUGCACACCCAUAGUAUCCAUAGACAAGAAAGAUGUUCUUAUAUUAUCACAAGAAAAAAAAUAUGAAGAAAAGAAUAAAACCGAUAACGAAAUAUCACACAUAUGUGGAAAAGACGAAUGUAACGAUGUGUGUAUAUUAAAAAAAAAGAAAAAUGGAAAGGAUGAAGAAGAAUAUUAUGAAUGUGUCAAUUUUAAAGAUAAUGAUGUAUAUACUAAUGACGAAUCUACAACAAGUUCUUGUAGUUAUUAUAAAUCGUUUUGUUCAUGUGAUUCUUACACAUCUUCAAGUGAUGAUGAAUUUUCUUCUUAUUCUAGCGGGGAAGAAAACUUUAAAAAAAAUAUGAAUAAAGUAAAAGAACAAGUAGAUAUAAUGAAAGAAGAUUAUUUGAAAAAAAAUACUAUGAAUGCUUUGUUAAAUACUAAAAACAUACAAGCAAAUAAUAGAGCUAUAUUAGCUUCAAAAAAUACAAGGCUUGCAAAAACAUCUAUAGAUGUAAGUCGAAUUUUAUUAACGCACGCUCUAACAACAAGAGAUAUAUAUACGUUACAAAAUACAUUGUCUACUAAUAAAAGUAAUACAGAAUUUAGACGUAUUUGCUUGAAGUGGAAAGCAAAAAAGAUUAAAAGAAGAAGUAGGUUAAAAAAGAGAGAAAAGGGUGAUGACGAAAGUGAGGAUAAUGCCAAGAAUAGGGGGGGAAGGAAUAAAAAAGGGGGCACAAGAAAGGACAAAAUGGAAGUUGAUGGUGAUGAAUAUGAUGAUGAUGAAGAUGACGAUCAAUAUGAUGAUGAUGAUGAUGACGAUCAUUAUGAUGAUGAUGAUGACGAUCAUUAUGAUGAUAAUGAUGAUGAUCAAUAUGAUGAUAAUGAUGACGAUCAAUAUGAUGAUAACGAUGACGAUGAAAGUGACGAUUUUUAUGAUGAACAUAAUUCUUAUGAUGAAGAAGAUGAUGAUUAUUUUGAUGAGGAUGAUGAUUACUUUGAUGAGCAUGAUGAUUAUUAUGAUGAAGAGGAUAAUUAUUAUGACGACGAUGAAAACAUACAUGAUGAACAACCUUACAACUCUCCUAAUAGCAGUAGUAGUUAUGAUAUGAAUAAAAAGAGAAAACCUACCACAAGAAGUAAAUUAAAAGGAAAGAAGAAAAAAAAGAAUAAAAAAAAAAAAAAAAGUAAUAUAACUUCAACUAAUAAAUUAAAUCUUUCUGAUUCUUUAGAAUGUUUGGGUUUAGAAAAUUUUAUUAAAUUAACAAAAAAAAAUCUUUUUGUUAAAAAAAAAUCAGAUGAAAAAAAAAAAAGUGAAAAAGGGAAAAAAAGAACUCAAAAAUCAAAAAAAAGUGUUAAAACAAAUGAAGGUAAAAAUAAAAAUGUCGAAGGUAAAAAUAAAAAUGACGAAGAUAAAAAUAAAAAUGACGAAGAUAAAAAUAAAAUUGACCAAGAUAAAAAAGAUAAUAUGAAGUUAAAAAAGAAAAACAAAACAAAAAAUAUGAAUGAAGUUGAAGGAACUGUUUUGAAUGAUGAAAAAGGUGACAUGAAAAAAACUACAGAUGAGAAAAAAGAAAUUGAAACGAGUGAAAAAAGUAAUAUUAAAGAAGAAAGGAAUGAUAAGAAAGUUUCUGAAAAUAAUUUGGAGAAUGAAGUAAAGUGUGAAGAGGAUAUAAAGGAACAGAAAGAAAUACAUAAAGUGGAAAAUAUGGAAGUAGAAGAAAAGGUAUGUAAAGAAAAUAAUGAUGAUGAAAAUAAAAUGAUUGAAAAUAAAGUAAACCAGAAUGAUAGUAAUAUGGCCGAAAAAAAUGUAAGUAAAAAAAUUCAAGAAAAUAAGAGUGAAAAUAUUGAAAAGAAUGAAAAUAGAACAAUUGAAAAAAAAGAAAAAACACAAAAAUUAUGUGACAAAAAGGAUGAGAAAAAAAAGAAUAAAGAUGACUUUGAUACAUUAUGUAAGAAGGAUAAAAAAGGAAUUCAUUAUGGAUCAUAUAAGAAAAAUAUAAAAAAGAGAAGAUAUUAUUCAAACUUUUUAUAUGAUGAAAAAAUGCAAAUGCAAAUGAAGAGAAACAAGAAUGAAGGAUAUUAUAACAAAGGUAAUAAAAAUAAAAAGGAAAAUUUAGCAGCAAGGGAAAAAGUGAAAUCAGAAAAAGCAGGAUUUAAUAAAAAAAGCGACAGCAGUAAUAGUGACGAUGAAUAUAAAAAAUCAAAAGGAAGGAAAGGAACUGAUAAAAAACCCAACAAGGAUAAAAAGAAAUUUGAUAAAUCGAAUGACGAUAAAAAAAACGAAAAGGAAAAACAAGUACAUAAAAAUAAUAAAGAAUUUGUAAAAGAAAAGAAAAAUCAAAAUGAUCAAGAUAAAAUAUUGAAAAAGGAGAACGAAAAAAAAGUUUAUGUUCAUCUGGAAAGCCCCUUGGACAUUCUAGUUUGUGGUGGAUUAAUAAGCUCAAAAAAAUUAAUUGAGGCUCAGGCUAUUUUAAAAGAAAAUAAUAAAAGAUUACAAGAAGUGAAGAAUUCAUCUUUCUCUAAUAAUUCAAAUGAAAAGAAUUUAGAAAAGGAAAAAAAUAAAAACCCUAAUGAAAAUGGAUCUUUACUUUCUAAUUCUUUAGCUGUAGAGGUGGAUUUGAGUGGUUGCUUUUUUUUUCACUCUUCUUUUACAUGUCCUAUUAGUAGAGAUAAAUCGUCAAGAGAUAACCCUCCUUAUUUACUUACCUGUGGUCAUGCAAUUUGCAAAAAUUGUGUAGACAAAAUCCAUGCUCAAAGAUCAAGACAAUUCAAAUGCCCAAUGUGUCCACAAUAUUUACAUUUACUGGAG